UUUCCAGCGGAGGAUUCAGGGUGUGUGCUGGUGUCCUGCCACCAAAGGGCCUCGGGGACGGAGGGCAAGGGGAAAAGGCUGCGUUGGCCUCCUCUUGCCACCCCUUGGCUCCUGAUCGCCGCCCUGACCGGCUCCGAAGCUGCCUGGGUUUGUGGGCGUGUAGUUGGAAUUGGCCGGACCAGGACGGGAUGGUGCCUGUGAGGGGGGUAGGACUUGGUCAGCCUCUCGAACAGCAGGGAGAUCCAGCUCCGUACGAGCAUCGGAGAAAGUGAAAGCAAACAGUGCAGAAGCCAGAGCUCCAGGGGAAAAGGAAAAUGGAAGAGAAUCUAAGCGUGGAUCUGCCUGGAGCUGGACCAGCCCAGGAUGAGGUGAGGAGCACAACAGAGCAUCCUGUGCACCAAGAGCCCACCCAGGAAACAUCUGGGCAAAAAGAGCCCACUCAGGAAGCACCUGGACACCAACAGCCUGCUCAAGAAACACCUGGGCACCAAGAGCCCACCCAGGAAACAUCUGGGCAACAAGAGCCCACUCAGGAAGCACCUGGACACCAAGAGCCUGCUCAAGAAACACCUGGGCACCAAGAGCCCACCCAGGAAACAUCUGGGCAACAAGAGCCCACUCAAGAAACACCUGUGUUCCAAGAGGCCACCCAGGAACCUCUUGAGCACCAAGAGCCUAGCCAGGAAUCACCUGUGCACCAAGUGACAAGCAGGCAGCCUGAGAUAUCCUGCAAACCAGAGGAGGACUCUUCAGUGUGUGAAUCAGCUGCUUAUGGGGGAGAGACAACACUCUUGGGUUCAGCUGGUUCCACUCUAGAGGAGAAAGCUGCCCAGGAAACUGAUGUAUUGCCACCAGAGUCUGACAAGACACAAAAACAUGUUACAAAAAGACCCCAGGAAAAAGAGGACUUGGAUCAAGCUGUACUGGGCCAUGAGAAUGUGGAAAGCAAAGCAGACAGCCCUGUCCACCAGCAACCAUGGGAGCACCAGGGGACACCUGGGCGGUGUGAAAGCCUCUGCAAGGCAGAGGAAGAUGCCUCAUCAACAAGCAAGGCUCAAAGCUCUGGCAGUGAAACACAUUUAGAUGUGACUGGUAUGGAAGAUGUCCCCAGUGGCCUCUUGGCAGAGAAGAGCAGCAGUGCCACUCUCCCAGACUGGGAGCCAGAGGUACCCAGAGAGCAAGAAACACAGGAGAGCGGGUCCCAAGGCAUGUUAAGGAAAAGACCAAAAGGGGAGACGACCCCAAACCCAGAGACUCAGUCUUCCCUGCAGAAUGUCGCCACCCAAAACACAGAGCAGGAGAAGGCCAAAAAGUCCCUCCCGUGGAAAGGUGAGGAAAAGAAGCUUCCCUUGCAUGUUACUCAUCGACCAGAAGGCACUGAUCCUCCAGGAACAAGGCUUUUCAUCGUGGGCCUCGCACUGCUCGGCUUCUGCAUAUUCUGCUUCGGCAGCCCCACCUCCAGCUCCCAGCAGCCCCGCAAGAACCCCACGGUGGAGGCAUUCCUGUCCCAGUUCGACCAGCUGCAGCACAGGUUUCCAGGCCAGAGCCCCGACCUGUGGCGCCGUGGGCGCACGUUCCUGCGGAAGCACCUGAACGCGUCCCAGCACAUGCAGCCGGCCAUCAUCAUCCUCACGGCCGCCCGCCGCGCCGAGCGGACCCUGCGCUGCCUCAGCGCCCGCCUGGCCGACUCCUACUCGGCCGCCCUGCACGGCACCACGGUGCAGAUCGACGGCAGGGAUAAAGCCAGGCUCCACAGCGACCGGGCCAAGCUGGAGGUGGACUCGGAGCUGACCUCGGCGUUCCAGGCCGGGGGCCGGGCCGCGGUGAUUCACCGCUUCGAGCUGCUGCCCGCGGGGGCCACCCUCAUCUUCUACAAGUACUGCGACCACGAGAGCGCCGCCUUCAAGGACGUGGCGCUGCUGCUGACGGUGCUGCUGGAGGAGGACACGCUGGAGAGCCACAUCAGCCUCCGGCAGGUGGAGGAGAGGGUCCGUGACUUCCUCUGGGCCAAGUUCACCAGCACCAGCACCCCCAGCUCCUACAACCACAUGGACUCCGACAAGCUGAGCGGGCUGUGGAGCCGCAUCUCCCACCUUGUCCUGCCCAUACACCCAGUGCAGAACAUCGAGGAGGAGGGCUGCUAUGCCAAACCCUAGGGACAAAAGGGGACAGAGCCCCCAGAUGGUCCUGGCUGGCUCUGGUACAGGCAAAGCCAGUGUUACUUCUCUUCAGUUGGUUUCUUGUAGAUUCCUGAAAAGAGUUUGACAGGUACAGGUUGAUCCAGGACAUUUGGGCAGCUGAGUCCUGGAGGUGAUACACUAGCUUCUUUUUGGCACAGGGAAACAGUGGGUAGAGUUCCACAGGAGAACAUCAAUGUGUGGGGAGGCAGGAGGGAAAACAGGACCUUGCAGAAAUAGACAAAUUAUGUUCACAACUAGGACAACAGAAAGGUGCUGUGAUUCAGCAGCUCUUUCAUCUCUCCCUGCCCCUCUGCUUGCUAAAGUUGUGUACAUCAGUCUCUCAGUAUACCUAAUCCAGGGAGCUGCUAGAACGCAGAAAGGUCAAAUUCCUCAAAGCCAAAUAUUUUGAAGGCAUGCUUUGAAAAGAAAAGCAGUUUGCCAGUCAGCCCCAGUAGAGUCCCACUUGCACUGCCUGAUUGACACCAGGCAAAGCCCAGAUCCCUGUAACAUCAACUACAAGAAAUUUCAGGUUGUCAGCACUUGAACACUACCCUAAUGGCAGGGAUCCCAUGAGGGGAUCCCACGUGCCAAAGAACAAGCUCCAGAACCAGAGAGCAGUGAAACAUUGCUGUCACUCAGAUAGUGUGAAGCCUCAAGGGAUUACACAGGUAAA